AUAGUUAGUAUUGUACUGUACUUUACACACACACACUAUACAUACAUACAUACAGUACACUAACUAUACGUUUCAGUCAAUUAAUACACUAUAAUCUAUAACUAAUACUAUUAGUGAUACUCCAGUUGUUGUGGACAUCAGUGGUCGUCGAGAAGAUUAAGAAUAAGAAGAAGAAGAACUAAUAGUAGUAGUGGUCGUCGUCGUUGUGUUGUCGUCAUCAUCAGUGAAGAAUCAGUGAAGAAUCAGUAGAGACGGUUGUAUAUGAAUCAAAAGGCAUCGGAGCGGCCAACACUUCAGGGUCAACGUAUUAAGGCCAGAAAAAGAGAUGAAAAAGAGAAGUUCGACGCGAAAGGCUUUCGUGACUCAAUCUUUAUCGGCAUCAACGAGUCCAGCGGCGAUCUCGACCAGUUGUCCAAAUUUCUAGACAUAUCCGGCAACAAACUAGACUAUCGUCUAUACGGUGAAGCCUUGUUCGACAUUUUGAUUGCUGGCGGACUGCUAGCACCGGGCGGUUCCAUAAUCGAAGAUCCACCGGAUAAUUGUCGUACGGAAACAUCGGUAUUCGGUUCGCCGGCCGGCGAUGACGAAGCUGUCCGAGCCUAUGCACAAGUGGUAACCAAACUGGUUCGCCGWUACAAGUAUUUGGAAAAAACAUUGGAAGAAACCUUGAAAAAGAUUGUCGUAUUUCUCAAGGCAUUUACCGCCGAUGAUCGGGAAAAAUUGGCCAAAUUUUGCGCCUUUUUACUCGCUUCGGGCCAAACGAAUUUGUCCACAAGUAUAUUGUCGGCUGCAUUACAGGAUCAUCUCGUUAAGGAAGGUAUUGCAUCGGAAUUUCUGAUAACUGUCCUCAAGUACUGGCACUCGGAUAAGGACGCGACACAAGUGUGGAACGCCCUCCGAAAAUCGGGACUCGAUUCGAAACUAUUGGACUUCUAUCCGAGCUCUAAGCGCACUCACGAGACACUAUCGGAAGCGUUUAUAGCCUCUGGACUGAACCAAUUGGUCGACUAUCAUAAGGCCCAGUUGGGUACAUCAGUUAAACGUGAACUACAGKUCAAGGUAUCUGAACUGAUUCGGGAAAGUGCUUCCGUUAAAGAACUUAUAGCCGUUGUCAAGGAAUCGGUAGCCAAAUUUUUGAUACCCGAAUCCGAAGUAGCCGUUUUGCUAUGGAAUACAUUGAUGGCAGCGGUGGAGUGGAACAAAAAAGAGGAACUGGUGGCCGACCAGGCCCUGAAACAUCUGCGCCAAUACAAUGGCCUGUUGGGUGAAUUUGCAAAGACACCGAAAUCGGAACUGGCUUUGAUUGUCCGCAUCCAAGAGUUUUGCUACGAGAAUAUGAAUUUUCUAAAAGUUUUCCAAAAGAUUGUCGUCCUUUUAUAUAAAACUGACGUAAUAAGCGAAGACGUUAUCGUCAAUUGGUUCAAAAAGGAUCACUCGUCCAAAGGCAAGAGUGUAUUCCUCGAACAGAUGAAAAAGUUUGUCGAAUGGCUACAGAAUGCUGAAGAAGAGUCUGAAAAYUCGGAUUAAAUGUAUUGUUUAGGAAACAAGCAAACAAUACAAUCAAACAAACAUAACAUUUUAAAUGGCAAUUAAUUGAAAGAAACAAAAAAACAUCCAUCGAUUAACAUUUACAUCUAUAACUACUAUCACUACUACUACUACAACAACUACUACACUACUAAUUGUGUAAUAACAACAACUGAUUGUUUUUUUUUUGAGAAAAAAAUWUUUUUUUUUUAAUGAUAAUUAUUGAUAUUAUUACUAUUACUAUAUUAUACUGAUUAUUAUAUAAUGGAUUUU